AUGGGCCUGUCGACGACUGGGACUCUAGUAAAACCCUCGUCCAGUCUCGUGUAUACGUUAAAUCUGUACUACGUGCUCAAAUACAACGAUAUCAUCUCCCUAAACACACUGGUUCGCUUACAACACUCUGCAUUUGCGGUGAUAAUUUGUGAAGGAUGGGCCCGGUGUCGGAAAAUGGGCCUUGUGAUCCUCGAUGCACGCACUUCUGUAUCAGCGGAUCCGGUGCCUCCUUCUCUCAAUGCCUCAACUCUGAAAGAUGAUCUGGAUAUUGACCUCGAACCGCCGCCACCUCAAAACCAUCACGACGACGAUGAUACAACUCUGCCAACCUGGGGUCUGCCUAAUCACGAAGCAUUCGACUAUGGCGCGUUGAAUCAAGAAUCCUUCCAGAGUGACCUAGAGCUUGACGAUAACAGUGACUUCGGAGUUGAGACUGCCCCCCAGACCCCAAUAUACGAUCCUGAAAUGGAUUGGGCUUCUGACUUGGGCUACACGUCUGGUGAAGCAGCCGAUAUCGAGACAGACACGGAUUCGCACCCGGAACUUGAUGACCUGCUCCCUAUAUCUCCAGCAAACUCUCAAGCGGCCUUGCCCACCGUUGGGCUGAAUAUAGAUCAGAUAGGAAACAAUCUUGAAGACGAGGCGCCUCAGGUCCCGCUUACCCCUGACGCUCCAAAUUUGGAGUUGAAUGAAGAAACAGCACAAGAGCCCAACAUUGACACUCCGAUGGAUCGCAGCGAGUUACCUGAUGGGCUGCGUGUAUUCAAAGAUCUGUUACUCAAAUUUUCGAGCGACGGUAACCUAACAGUUACGGCUGCAGAAGCUUUCCUGAAAACAAUCAAUAUGUGUCUGGAGAAAGGCCUAUUACAAUGUGGCUCUGAGUCGAACCCAGCGCAUCGACUACCAAUGACGUUGGAGACACUACAGCGACAUGCCGGCGAUCCUCCCGACAUUAUGAAUGUCUACGCUAAGACAAUUCGGCACCGUGGUUCACGUAAAGUCACCUAUUGCUACACGCCAAUCCUACAAUAUGCAUUUGGCUCUGUGAAGCGUCAGUUGAAGUCAAUACUUGAACGUCCUGGAAUCUUGGAAGCUAUCAAUAAGCACCGGGAAUACCUUAGGAGAGAAGGCAAACCAGACGACGUACUCAAAGAUAUUCAAGAUGGUGAGCUCUGGCGGAACUUUCAGAAGGGUGAUACCAAGUUUUUCGAAAACCCUCACAACAUCGGACUCAUUUUGAUGUGCGACGGCUUCUCACCUGCUACACGGCAGGGUGCCGCGUCGUACUCCAUGGGUGCUAUCAGCAUGUGCAUAGCUAACCUUCCACCUGAUCUUCGAAACCGGCCAGAAAACAAAAUUCUUGUUGGGGUAACACCUGGCCCACAUGAGCCAAAUGUCAACACAAUAAAUAACUUCUUGAAGCCAAUGGUUUCUGAGUUACUUGAACUCUGGAAGGAGGGUAUGUCUAUAACUCAUCCUGACGGAACACUGGAAGUGGUCUUUGCUGCUCUAGUUGCAUGUGCUUGCAAUACGCCUGCCGCACGGAAGACAAUACAACCCAGACACUGUGGGCAACUGCCAGUUGGUAUUGGAACAAGUUCAGCCGGAUCCUUGACUUCCAAUCCUCUCCAAAGUCUGGCAACAAUUGACCUUCCAAUAGCAAUUCCUAUUCUAUGGGAUAAAGUUGAUAUCAGCAGUGUAGAGCAGCAAACACACAAGGCAUGGGCAAAACUCAAAGAAGCAGAGGAAAAGAAGAAAGCCAAGCUGAGAAAAGGUGACAAAGUGACUUGUAACGCUGCAAAAGCCCAGCAGCAGGCCUUAACAAACACCAAUCCAACUACACACCCUCAAAAACAACAACAUACCACUCAAGUUGGUAAUCAGUCUGGUGAUAGCAACUCAGAUCUACCUUUGGAUGCUUGUGAUGUUGCUAAUUUGGAACAAACCAAGGAGGUUGAUGCUGAGCAACGCGGCUAUCAAACAUUUAUGCUCUUGCACAGUCAGGCCCGCUCCAGCCAACGUUCCAUUCCAGCCCGCUCCCAACCACCCUCUUGCAGCACAUCUCCCACUUUGCAAGACUUGUCAAGGAUGGAACCGGAGCCGUCCAUUACCACUCUCCUCAAGGCUAUCACAGCCCUCACCACCACAGUUGGGUCCUUGCAGGACCAAAUCAAAUCACAAGGCCAGCAGCUUGUUGAGCUCAGGGCCAUAUGCAAGGAAACGGCCAACCUCCUUGGCAAUAAGGAUCAGGGAGGACAAACCCAGCCUGGCCCAUUGACUGGGCCUGUCACCCCUCCUACCCACAUGGGAGGGGAAGCCCACACUCCAGGCACGGUUAGGCCUGGACUCAAGGACCCCUUCCAACCAACGCAGGGAACAAGGUUUGACUCCAAAGAAGAGGAGGAGCCAAGGAGGCCCAAAAAAGAGCCUUGGGGAACGCCUAGGAGCCUAAGCUCCCUCACCCUGUUUGACUCUGGGUUGUCUGGGAAGAAAGGCCACCCAAUGGCUCAACUGAAUGCUUCUCUGGGUUGCCCUUCACAGGGAUCAGUUCAACAAGGAAGAGCAGAUGGUUGUGUGGAUCCUGUACCACAUGACAGACAAAGCCGCCAACUGGGCACUUCCCCUUAUUGGGGCUAUUAUCAAGGGCAAGGGCAACCCUCCAACACCAUCCCAGCCUUAAUGGCCAAAUUCAAAGAGGCCUUUGCCAACCCUGAUGCCAAAUGGGCUGCUGCCAGGAAAAUUGCUGUGCUGACUCAGAAAACCACCAUGUCUGAGUAUGUCACAGAAUUCUGCAACCUCAUGGCGGAACUCAACUGGAACACAGAGGCGUACAUUGCCCAAUUCACGCGCGGCCUCCAUUGGAAAGUCAAAGAACUCCUGUCCACCAAGGACAAUGUCCCCAACAAUGAUCUUGAGGCCAUAUUUGCAGCCUUGAUCAAGAUUGAUAACACCCGUUGGGAGAACAAGGAGAACUGCCCAAAAAAGGCUCCCACUAAGGCCCCAGUCACCACAACCACCUCCUCAUCCACCACUACCACCAGGGUCUGUCUAUCUGAGGAUCCCAAUUACAUUACCCUGGAGGAAAGGGACUGCUGCUGCGCCUCUGGCCUAUGUGUCAAAUGCGGACAGAAGGGCCAUGGCAUCAAACAGUGCCCCAAUGGUUGGAAGGCAACAAUCAAAGAAAUGGCCAAGCCCCUGGCCAAAUUAGAUGUGCAUGUAUUGGAUUGUGAAUUUGUAUCUGUGGCUCUAGAUUUGAAUAAAAAGCCCCUCUUAUUCAUUGAUUUACAACUGCACAACUUCCCAACAGAAAAAUUAAAAACCUUAGUGGACUCAGGAGCCACAUCCAACUUCAUCUCCCCCUUGAUUGUUGAAAAACUUAAAAUCCCAAAAACCCAGCUUGAAAAUCCACAAGUUGUGAGAAUGUUAGAUGGUACCCUAUCCCAGACUGGUUGUAUAUGGCACCAGGUUCAACUUGCGGUCUUGGCCAAUGGCCAUCCACACACUAUCCCCUUCUUAUUACCUUCCCUGAAAAUACAAAUUGCCUCCAAAGAAGAAGCCAAUCCCAAUCCCUUGGCAGACCUCCCCACACAAUACCAUGAAUUUGCCAAAGUCUUUGGCAAAGAAGAAUUCAAGAUGCCAAGCUCCCCUGGCCCCAUUUACGGCAUGACAGACGCAGAAUCCAAAGCCCUGAAACAACACAUUGAUGAAGAACUAGCAAUGGGCAAGAUCCGCCCCAGCACUUCAUCAGCAGGCGCCCCAGUCAUGUUUGUAAAGAAGGCAGAUGGUUCCCUUAGGCUGGUUGUAGAUUAUUGGAAGCUCAACAACGUGACCCAUAAAAACGUUUACCCCUUACCACGGCAAAACAACCUCAUGGCCAAACUAAGGCAGGCAAAGAUGUUCACAAAACUGGACCUCUGA